UCGAUCGCUGCGGUCGCCGCCAUCUCGUUCAUCGCCGAGCUUCAGCAGCAGCCCGGGUACACGGGAUGGAGGAAAGGAGGAAGAAGGAGGAGCAGGAGGAGCAGCAGGCGAUAGAGGGCGUCCCCAACGACCUCCUUCAAGAGAUCCUGUCGCGGGUGCCGUACCAGUCUCUGUGCCGCUCAAAGUGCGUGUCGGCAGCGUGGCUCGCGAUGUGUUCCGACCCCGCCGUCCGUCGGAGAUCGCCGCAGACGCUCUCCGGUUUCUUCGGCCUCUCCCGCAGCGGCAGCAACCGUUUUGUCAACGUUUCCGGGAGAGGCCGGCCGCUGGUCGACCCUUCUUUUCCUUUCCUCCACGGCUUCGAAAACGUCAAGAUCCUAAACUGCUGCGGCGGCAUCCUUCUAUGCCAUGGCAUGCGAGCGGAGGGCGUGGAAUACAUUGUGUGUAACCCUGCGACCGAGGAGAUCUGGGCCGUGCUGCCCGUGCCUGAUACCCAUGAGACACCACGUCCUCGUGCUUACCGCGCCAUUUGCUUGUGUUUCGAUCCGAUCGUCCCUUCUCGCUUUGCGGUGUUUGUCGUCAUUCAGAAUGGUCGCGACAUUACCAUUAUGGAGGUCUACUCGUCGGAUACCGGAGAAUGGACUUCCAUGUCGAGCCCAUGGGGUCACAAAAUUGUGUUAUAUAGCUUGGAACCAGAAUGCUUCUUCUUAAAUAGCACUCUACAUUCCAGUGCCUAUGAUUCUCGUGUGGAGACAUUUGACACGGAGGGAAAUUCAAUAAACAUGAUAGUUGCAGUGGACACAAGCGGGGAUACUUGGAGGACAACUCGACAGCCGACCAAAGCUAAACUGAAUUUCUUUGGGCACUCUCAAGGACGAUUACAUGGAAUGGAUAUAGACAAUCGUAAUGGUUGCCGGAUAUCGUUUGGGUUCUCGAGGACUAUGCUAGUGGACAGUGGACCUUAAAGCACACUGCCAGUGUUCUCGAGUUGGUAGGAAAGCCUUGUCGUGAGUGCGAUGAGUACUACACCUUGGUUGCAAUCCAUCCAGAACGUAACCUUAUUUUCCUUAAUGGCGGGGUGGAGCCGGAACAGACACUUAUGUCGUAUGAUUUGGAUACCCAGAAGUUGCAUGUUAUCUGCACUCUUGAAGAUUACCAGAGGAAAAAUUUCCGACCUUACAUUCCCUGCUUUGUGGAAUGGCCGCCAUCAGAUGCUCAUUGAAUUUGUGAGCAACUUCACAUUUGCUAUGUUGGCAUGGCUCCUUCAUGAAAAUCGGCUGUUGGGUAUGGUCGAGAUCUUCUAGUUUUGUGCAGUGGCUUGAACAAGUACUACAUCUACUCGAGUUUAGUUUUCUUAUCAGUUGCGUCCAGGAUCAUUUGUUUUUGUGGCUUUAAACAUUAUUUUGUUGGCUAGUCAGUGAGAACUUGCAAGCUACCCUUCAA